GAGAUUUUAAAAUGUAGGUGAAUUGAGCUCAAAGGAAUCGAGAAGGUUAGAAGCCUUAAAAAGACUGUCUUGACAUUUUCUAUCAAUAUGUGGAUGAUCAAUGAUUGUUACUGUGGGAAGAAGGUGUGAAGAGAAAAGAAAACCAAUGCAGCUGCCUGGGGGCCAAGUAAAAGCAACGCUCCGCACAAAAUGAGCUCACUGUCUCUGGAAUUCUCGACCCAAACAUAUCAUUAAUAACAAAGUGUUUUUUUUGUAUGUUUGAAUGUACUGGUAGGUCUGUUACUACUUCAUGAUUCAUUUCGGUCAUUUGUGUAUCUGUUGUCUCUAGGCUACUUUCUUAUCGUCUGUAUUGUGUUUCUAUGUUCAGGACCCCAUGAAUACUAAUGGCACAUGUGGUUCUACUGGGGAUCCUUAAAUAAACAUAAACACUUUUGAUUACUAAAUGUUUGGAUAAUUGUUGAAUAUUGUGGUAUGUUUUUGGGUCAUGGUUCCAGCCCUUGUUGGCUGAAGAAUCUCACCUUUUUAUGGUGAAAGGUUGUUGGUCAAAAUUCUCUUUUGCAGAAAACGUUUAAGGUUUCAUUAAUUUUGAACUGAAAGCAUUUAGCACAAAUAGCACAUUGCAAUGCACACCAUUUUACUGCAUAUUGCAUAUAGUGUAUAUAUUUUUUCAUUUAUAGUUACAGUGAUUAUAUUUUAUAAUAUUCUUAUUUUGUGUUUCUCAUUGUACUUCUACACUUCUGUACUCUUUGCACUACAUUCCCCUAUGCUGCUUUGUCUAACUUGACUUUCUCCUACGGGGGAUCAAAAAAAGUACAUCAUAUCUUAUCUUAUUAGACAUAGACCGGUAAAACGUAUUAAAAACAAAGAUAAUAUUGCUGUCAUAAAUAGCAGACAGUGCAUUAUGUGUGAAUGCAGUUAAUGCAGUGCUGAUUACUGCAGAGAUAUACAUUAAAUACUGUCUAACAUUUAUUUGUGGAGAUGCAUUGACUGUAGCCUCCACUCCGGCCCUGUAGGUGGCGGUAAAGCACAUUAAACACAUUUCAGGAGCCAAUUAACAUAAAGGGAGGGAAAACAGUGCAGUCGGAGCUGAGCGGGGGAGGCGAGGAGGAAUGAGGGUUGACCGCAUUUUUCAGACUAUAAACUCGGUUGACUUGAGAAAGGACAGCAACAAGUCAGCAGGUAUCCUCUGUAUCCGGCUGUGACACCGCCAGACCUGGUAUGAAACAUGACCAUAAUCCUGCGAAUGCAAGGCCUCGAUGUGAAGGCAGGUACUGAAGAUAUACGGACUUUCUUUGAAUGCCUUCACAUACCCGACGGUGGAGUGUACAUAGUGGGAGGAAGUCUCAGAGAGGCUUUUAUUGCAUUCACCACUGAAAAAGAUGCCCAGCUUGCCAUGCGCUUCACUGGCAAUUUUCUCAAAGGGUCAAUGGUGACUCUGCACAUAAGUAGCAUGGACGAGCUGGAGCACAAAUUAAAGUCAAUGUUAAAGAGAAAGAAACUCUCCCCCACGCAGCUCACUGCCAAGAGACCCCAUCUAUCUCCAGAUGCAAAUCCGCUACCUUUAAAUGGAUGGUCUCAAACUCCAAAUACUUCUAAUCAAUCACCUACUAGAAGGACGCUUAAUCCCAACACUGAAAAUCUUCCUCAUCCAGAUACGUCAAACGCACAAGAUUCAAAUGCAAUCGAUUCCAGUACUGCUUUUCUUCUCGGGAUUUGUACGAUACUUCAAGGUCUCCAGUCGUCCCAACAAAGAGAAAACAAUGAAGCAGUGCCAAGAGUUGGUUUCCCUGAGCCUGAAAGCACAGUUGUGUCUGAUCAAGUGUGGAGACAAGAGCAAACUCUGAACUCAAAACCAGGCUAUGUCAGGCUCUUCGGUCUGCCAGCUUCUGCUACAAAAGAGGUCAUCAGCCGUUUUUUCAGAGGGUUGACUGUACAGGAAGUCAUAGUGAAUGUGAAGUUGGGACUUGGCCACGGUUGCCUUGUGAAGUUCGCAAGCGAGCAGGAUGCAUGCGAAGCUCUUCUCUUCAACCAACAGUCGCUGGGUCCCAUCAGUGUGGAGGUACGUGGAGGCACUGAGAAGAUGUGGACUGGUGCACUGGAAGAAUGUGAGACUGCUUUGGGUGUUGGGGAAAGCGUGAAACCCAGGCAAAGCCCUCUUAGGGAAACUGCAAACCACAAACACAAAUCCGUGUCUGCACCGUGGCUCAAGAGACAUCCUGGCAACCGCUGGUCAUUUAAAUCGCCAAAAAAGCCAAGAUCUAAUGGUGACUCAACUGCUCCCUUAUCAUCAACUGUGGACUACACGGUCAUGGUCAGUAAUCUACCCAAAACAAUGACAAAGACUGAAAUAAAAGAAUUGCUUGGAUGUCCACACAUUGCACACAAAAAUGUACUACAUCUGCUGGACAAGGAAGGCAACCGAACAGACACAGCAUUUCUUUUUUUUAACCGCGGUGAGGAUUACGACUAUGCAAUGAAUCUCAAUGGCUGCCACGUGGGCUCUGAUGCCAUUGAGGUCUCGUCAAUAACAAGGAAGAUGAUGAGGGACAUGAUGGCCAAAGCCCAUCCUAAGAAUCUUUUUCCAGAUGCAAUGAAGAAACCAAGUCGAAAAAGAAAAUCAGGACCAGAUGAGUCAUUGGUAGAAGCACCGAGGAAGAACAUGGACCCAGCAGCUCAGACAUACCUGUUUGUCAGCAACAUGCCCGCAGAUGUACAAAAAAAUCAAAUAAAAAGCCUUUUCUGCAAAUUCAGACUGAAAAAUCGCAAUGUCACCUUACUGCUCGACGCUGACGGCAAGGGUAUUGGUGAGGCCGUGGUUCACUUUAAAUCACAGAAGGUCGCUGCACUGGCUCAAAGGCUUCAUGGUCAGGACUUCCUGGGGGCUAAAGUGCUUCUUACCCGCAUAAAUGUGAAGCAGAUGGAGGAAAUCUUGGCAAGAAAUGUUUGAAUGCAGACUCCGUGGCCAAAGACUGAUUCUGAGCUCUUUUCCAAUCAAUUUUGUCUUCCUACUGUAGUUCUGCUUGACUGCAUCUUCUCAGUUAUUGAAUGUUUUCAUCAUACUCAAUCACAAUCGCACAUUUCCUCUGUGAACGCUCUGUACAUUUAAAAAUAAAUGUUUUUUUACUCUGA